CACGGCGAUUAUGACAACGGAUGGGAUGAAACUCAUCGCAUUUCCAACUACAGGCGACCCAUAAAGCGGCAUCCAAAGCCACUGUCUGCUCCCAAGGCAGGUCGUCAACCCGACAACGGUAGUUGUACGCCGCAAGCCUUUAAAAAACCUCGGAUGAGUGCAGGCAUAUCAUCAGUUUCAAGAGACUACUAUCCAGCAACUAGCAAUCUUUCCAAUCGACCUGGAGAUGACUUCUGCGAAGAGCCGCCUAUAAUAUACUCUUCAGCAAGAAGCAAACCUAGUGCUCAUCCACCAAUGUCCGAUUUACCAAUCGAGUUUCGUUCGCAGCCCUCUACAGCUGCGUCUGCUCCACCCCUGCAGGCCAAGGGCCGACAGGGCGAUUUAGUCGGUGCGAGACCCCUUUCAAAGAUGACUAGUCAUUCACCAAAAACGGCGGCUAUUCUUACGUCGCCAAAUGCCGUGCAUGUGUCGCCAGGAAAUUCUGCUGCUCGUUUAUUUAUUCAGAAGCCAGGCUACCUUGGACAACGCAUGCACUAA